GACCGGACCACGAUCGUGAUUAUGACCACCACGACGUUCACCAUCCAGGACCUCCAGAAGCUGCAUGAUUUUGCCUGCGACCUUGCCCGACGCGCUGGGCGGUACCUCCGUGAAGAUCAGAUCCGUAGACAGACAUACGUCCUGGCGACGCGGGAGAAGCUGAACUCUGUGGAUCUAGUGACGGCCGCCGACGAAGGCGUAGAGAAACUUAUACAUGAUUCUGUUCUGACUGAAUAUCCAGACCAUGCCUUUAUCGGGGAAGAAUCCUAUACCGCUGGAGAGGAAAAAAGAUUUCUUCUGAAGGAUGGUCCGACAUGGAUUGUCGAUCCCAUAGACGGGACUGUUAACAUGGUUCAUAUGUUCCCGAUGACAGCGAUAUCCAUCGGUUUCUGUCUCAAUUCCAUACCAACCGUCGGCGUUGUAUUCGCGCCUUUUCUAGGGGGAGAAGGAACCCUAUACUCUGGAAUACACCACCCCGAAGGUGGCGCCUGGAUCUCAGAGUUCGGACCUAGUGGUCCACUAACGCCUCUGCCCAUUAUAAAGCCUCCACCACCACUUCCAGAGAAUGCGCCAAAGGGGUGCUUAUUCUUUGGUGAAUGGGGCAAGGAUCGCAGAGAUAGCCCUCAGUCAAACCUCACCAAGAAGUCCACUAAUUUUGUCAACAUGGCUACAGAAAUAGGCGGCCGAGAGGGUAAGGGCGGUAUGGUUCAUGGCCUGAGGAGUCUUGGAAGUUCAACCCUCGAUAUGGUGUACGUUGCUUCUGGUCAAGGUGAUAUUAUGUUUGAAGCGGGCUGCUGGGAGUGGGAUGUCUGUGCGGGCAUAGCCAUCCUUCUACAGACUGGCGGUAUUGUCGUGGACUCGAAUCCGCCAGACGGUCUUUCAGAUACCGAUCCUAUCCCAAUGGCUAAUUUGGGAGGACGGCGAUACCUUGCUAUCCGUGCGUGUUCUGAAGAUGCUCAGGGUCGUUCUCCAAGGAUACAGCAGGAAGCAUUGGUGCGUGAAGUGUGGAAGCGGACAGAGAGAUUGAAUUAUGAACGACCGAUAUAGCCUAUUGAGGUGUAGAAAUUUGUAGAGGUUGUAAAAGCAUACCACAGUAUGGUACGAUAGAAGGAGUCUAAUUUGUAUUUUCUGUCCUGUGUACGCGGC